AUGGAUUCAUUUGGCGACUCGGGUGAAUUAUAUACCAUUAGAAACCAAUUUUUUACUAAUCAACACCAAAAGGUUAUAUCAUAUGACUUGGAUCAAUUUUCUCCUGAAGGUCAAUUGAAAGUAUUAGAAUAUCAAGUCAGAUCUACAAUUGCUUUACAGAAAGAUGCAUCUAAUCUAAUUGAUAAUGGAAAGAGCUCAUUCCCAGAUAAUGAACAGCUUUUCUUAUUAUUAAGUGCCUGGAAUGAUUUGAAAUCGUUCGGAACCGAUGAUUCAACAUAUUUUGAAGACAUUACUCAAGCCGAGUUUGAAUUGCAAGCGAUAUUGACAGCUAUAUACUUGGUAAACUUCAAGAAAGAUAUUGAUCAAGCUAUCGUAUUAUUGACUAAUUAUAUCGAUUCGGGUAACUUGAAUCCUGAUGAGUUAGAGUCGUUCUUAGUUUUGGUGCAGUUGUACUUGAUUAAGGGCAAUUUCAAUGCUGCUAAUAAAAUCUUGCUCAAUUUCAAGAACUUUCCAGAUUCUGCAAGAGAUAGUAUAAUUUAUCAAGUCUUGGAAUCGUGGUUAUUAUCUGUUAAAGGUGAAUCUGAUAAUAUAAGUAAUUCGUACUAUUUUUAUGAUGAAUUAUUAUCGGUAGACUUUGACGACGAUUCUCAAGGUAGAUUCAAGAUCUUAAAUGUUUUGUUCGUCUUAACUUUACAAUUGAAGCAUUAUCCUGAAGCACAAGAAUUAUUAGCUCAAAUGAAGACAUUAGAAGGUAAGACUGAUGGCGACUUUCUCGCUAACCAAAUUACAAUGGAUUAUUUACUUAAUAAUGGUGAGAAUGUUGAGGAAUUAUUAAAAGAAUUAUCGAAGGCUGAUGAAGAACAUCAACUUGUGAAAGACGUCAACGAAACGAACUCUAAGUUCGACGAAAUCGUUGGAAAGUAUAAGGCUGCUGUUUAA